ACUGUGACGCCGCGUUGAACGUGGAAGUUGUGUGCGAUGUUGUAAAGUUUUGUUUUUUUUUCGUAUACAGUCGACCACUUGCUCCUAUGCCCACCGUUUACCUGCAAGUGUUAUAACUUUUGUUAAUAACUGUGAUCGUAUUAUUGUUUCUCAUAUAAAGUUUGAAUGCAUGUAAAAGUUAACUUGUUAGAUAUUACGGCUGGUGAAAUCAGUCGAGUGAGGUCCAGAUGUUAAAGCAAACGGCAAUAACCUCGUUUUGUGUCAACAAAUAAUAAUAAACAGUGAUCGGGACAAGUUACACUGUGUUCGGAACAAAAAGUGAUGAAUUAAAAGAUGUUCUAAACUGGAAAUCCAGGACGAGAAUGGGUUUCGUGUGCCUGUAUUGGAACGUUAAUAUUGUUACGACUUCACCUACAUAACAUUUAUGGUCAGCAAUAAUCAUCAAGAAUGAUGUGGUCAGUGUACAAAGUAGCUGCACUAAUACUGCUCAGUGCACUCAGCAAAGGACAACUGCCAGAAGAUGACUUCAGGAUAAUCAACAGACAAGAUCUUUUGACGACGGAUCACAGCGACGUGUUUGAAGAUAGUAGUUCUGGUUCAUUUUCGCAAUUGCUGUUCGAUGUCGCAAGGGACCAAGUUAUAGUGGGCGCAAGGGAUGCCCUCUACCGACUAUCACUUCGAGGCCUCGGAGUGCUGGAACGAGCUGACUGGCUGGCUCCCUCCAGUAAGAUAAAGAUGUGUCAGAUGAAGGGACAAACGGAAGAAGAUUGCCACAAUUAUAUCAAAGUCCUCCUGCUGCAUGGCCACAAGCUGUUCGCUUGUGGAACACAUGCGUUUAGUCCUGUCUGCAGCUGGCGAGAGAUCGAAUCCAUAAAAACUGUGACGGAAUGGGCGACUGGAGUAGCGAGCUGUCCGUACAACCCCCACUCCAACGUGACUGCGAUACUGGCUUCCAACGGGGAGUACUAUGCUGGCACCCCUACCGACUUCGCUAGCUCCGACACUGCUAUAUGCAGGAGUCAAGGAGCAGCCAACCACGACUCGGGCAUGCUGCGCACCACACAGUACGACCUGAACUGGCUGAACGAGCCUCAGUUCGUGGGCAGCUUCGAAGACGACCAGUUCGUGUACUUCGUGUUCAGAGAAGUCGCUGUGGAGUUCAUGAAUUGUGGAAAGAUAAUCUACUCCCGCAUCGCUAGAGUGUGUAAGAACGAUCCAGGUGGCUACCUGGUGAUGAAGGACAGCUGGAGCACGUUCCUCAAGGCUCGGCUGAAGUGCUCCGUGCCCGGAGACGUGCCCUUCAACUACGAUGAGGUGCAGAGCGUGGAGUACCUGCCGCAGGAGAAGAUACUCGUUGCUACGUUCACUACACCGACGAACAGCAUAGUGGGCAGUGCAGUAUGUGUGUACAGCAUGGCCGACAUCACCGCGGCGUUCGAGGGUCCGUACAAGGUGCAGGACAGGCCCACCUCCACGUGGGAACCACGGUCGCCUUCCAAGCAGGCCAGGGACCAUUUCAAAUGUGUACCGGAUUCUAGAAUAAACGAAGCCAUAGAAUACCAUCGCUACCACCUAAUGUACGAGGCAGUCCAACCAGUGUCAGGAGAACCAAUCUUCAAGCUGACGUCAGAACGGUUCACCCACGUCACCGUUGACGUCACCAGUGCGAAGAACAUUGAAAAGCAGUUGGUACUCUAUGUGGCGACUCAGGAGUCUAACGUGCUGAAGUUGGCAGUACUGCCGAAGUUGGAUGGCGCGUGUCUGGUCGAGAGGUGGAAACUUAACGGCAAGAAUGACAGCUUUGAGGUUCUCACCAUGCAGUUUGUUAAGGAUACUAUGUCAAUCUACGUAGGCGGUAAAUCAGGCAUAUACCGUAUAGUAGGGGCCCGGUGCGGGCGCUACUCGAGCCGGUCUGGCUGCGUCCUGGCCGGGGACCCGCACUGCGGCUGGGACGACGCGCGCGAGCUCUGCGUCCACGCCGCGGGUCGGGCCGCCGACCCCGCCUUCAAGCAGGACACUAGCGCCUGUCCCGCUAUUGAUGCCCCAGUGGACGGAGGUUGGUCGAGCUGGUCGGAGUGGGAGCCCUGCAUGCAGGACGGGACGUCGGUGUCCAUGUACUCGGACAACAAGCCCGACAUGUGCCAGUGUCGCACCAGGAGAUGUGACAACCCUAGGCCGGCCUAUGGCGGACAACCCUGUGAUGGCGCCAGUAUCUCGGUGACGAACUGCACGGUGCACGGCGGGUGGUCGAGUUGGUCGGGGUGGUCCAAGUGCUCGGCGUCGUGCGGCAUCGCCAUCAAGUCGCGGCGCCGCACCUGCACCUCGCCCGAACCCAAGUUCGGCGGCCGGGUCUGUGUCGGACUCGAUAUCGAUGAUGUCUACUGCAACCUGCCGCCUUGUCCCGACCCAAACCUCGCAGCAGUGGAUGGUGGGUGGUCAGACUGGGGUCCUUGGUCCACUUGUACAGCAUCGGGAGGUCCUGGUUGCGGCCCUUCGGGAGGGUGGAAGGAGAGGCACCGGGAGUGUAACAACCCGGUACCUAAGAACGGAGGGGCCGAGUGUGAGGGACUUAGUACUGAGAGACAGGCCUGUGAUAUGGCGCCUUGUGAGGUCAGGAAGGCUACGGCGUGGACACCUUGGGUGCAGAUACCUGGCAACGGAUCAGACGGAAGUUAUACAGAAAAAAGAUUUAAGUUCCAAUGCAGAGCUCCAUCCCCUGAGCAACUGAAGCUCUCAAUGGUCCGCGAAGACGAACGCUACUGUAACUCCCGCGGCCGCUGCAGCAGUGAGCCAAUAUCUGACAAUGACGUCGGCUGGGAGGCCUGGGGCGCGUGGGGGCCCUGCUCCGUCUCCUGUGGAGGGGGACUCCAGAGGAGGACGCGGAGGUGUCUCAAACACGGACAGUGUCAUGGACCUAGUGAGAUGUUGCAGGCUUGUAACAAGUUGGCUUGUACUGGAGAAUGGUCGUGUUGGAGUGAGUGGAGCGAGUGCCGCGGCGAGUGCUCUGGGUCGGGCAGCGUGGCGGGGCACAGCACCCGCUCCCGGGCCUGCGUGUCGCCGGGGGGCUGCGCAGGGCAUAGCGACGAGUGGGCCGCGCUCGAACGACGCGUCUGUGUCAAGAACUGCGCAGGCUCAGAAGCGGGUUGGGGUGAAUGGGGUCCUUGGGGAGACUGUGUGGGCGGGGAGCGGAUCAGGAAGCGAGCGUGUCUGGCCGGGGCCUGUCUCGGGGCACAGCUGCAGGUCGCCAGGUGUGCUGAUGAUGGACAGGAUAUUGACAGUGACCAGGAUAUUGAUAAUGAACUAUACGCGAUGCCAGCUUACAGCCAAAACGUAGAGAUGGCGUCCUUCGUCACAAUGGGCAACAACGAGACUCUCAGUAUAGGCAGCAUCAUAGGCUGCGUCGUCGGAGCCUUUGCCAUGGGUUGCCUAGUCUGCCUAGCGGGUGUGAUAUUCUGCCAACGGCGCGGCACUAGAAUGCCGUGGAACAAGCAACACCGCGUGCCUUCCAGCCCGCACUACAUCACCGCCAAACAGAACAGUUACGUCACUGUGCCGCUCAAAGAAGUUCCGCGAAAAGCGAAACGCCAACCAUCGUUCACGGGGAUCGGCAGUACUAGUGGUCUUCUUUUAUCGAAAAGCAACAAUAUAUCGAACGCGAACAACCACAACACAGCGGCAACGACUCCCAAACUCUACCCGAAAGCUAUCGCGAACGAGUACGAUUCUCUCGGCACAUUGCGAAGGCAUUCUAACCAACCGAACAACAAAAACAACUUAGAUAUUGAAGAAGACAAGUUUUAUUGAAGAAUGGUGUGAAUAUUUAACUUUAGUGUCCAAGUAAUAGAGCCUAUUUUUCGUUGAUGAAGAAGAGUUUAGUUGAAAAACAUCCACCAAGGAAUUUCAACUUUAAUGUGAAGGGAACAGAGUUUAUUUUUCAAUGCUGUCGACUUUUGUUCAUCGAUGAAGCUUUACUGUCAUUUUUCUGCAUGGAAGAAGACGUUCAUUGAAAAAAAACCGUCAGAGUAUUGAAAUUUCAACUUAAACGUUUCGAUUUCAGAGUUCAUUUUACAAUGAUGUCGAUUAUUAUUCAUCGAUGAAUGCUUAUUAGAGCUACUUGUACGUGUGAUACAGUAAUUUCAACUUAAACUUUCAAGAAACAAAGCUCAUUUUACAAUGACGCAUCAGUAUCAUGCAUGACUAGAUAAGACAAGGAGAUUUGAACUAUUUAUUGAUGUUAAUAAGGUUGGAUUUACCUUGUUAAUUAAUUCGAAGAGGCUGGUGUUAGUGCGGUUGUGUUUAUAGCCUGUGAUAGUAUAAAGAGUGUUUGAAAUAAAGUACGGACAAGAAAAAAAAACUAUUUUUUAAACAAAUGGUGACUAUUGUGGUUCUUGUUAAGUGUAUUAUAAAGAGUGUUUAAUGAACUGCCAAUAGUAUAAUAAACAUAAUUAUGCUGAUAUUUUUUUGACAUUUACUUGCGUAUGCGCAAGUAUAAUGACCGGAGUGUUGAUGAAAACACGUCAAGUUAUUUCAAAAAUGUUCAAAUUUUAUUGUAUUUUUUUUUUAUAUUUGAUAUAUUGGGGUAUUUCUAUGUGUCUACAGAAUAGUGUACCUAUUUCAUUAUAUACCUAUAUAUUGCCCAAACUGUAGUUCCUUGCCGAUUGUACGGAAUCUCUUGAAGAAAAAAUAGUUUUCAGUGAUUAUAAAGUUAUUCCUAUACUGUAAGGCGUGUAUUGGAUCCCUCCAAAAUAUUUUAUAAUUAUUGUUCAUAGAAAAUGAAUUAAUUGUUCUUUGAUCAUAUAGUUUCAUGUUAAAACAAUAAUUUGUAUUAUACAUAUAUUUUUUUUUGUGAUAUCUAUAAUUUCGUUGCAACUGACAUUUGAAAAUGUUGCCAGAAUGUUUAAUGAAUUUGAAUUUUGCAUUUUAUUGUUAUAUUUUCUAUAUUUUAUAUUAAAGUAUCGUAUUUUAUUCAAUGCCUUUGACAAACUGUUAAAAAUGUUGAACGUUUUUGACAAGACUCAUGUAUGAGUGUGUAUUGAAUGACUAUUUAAUCUGUGGUCUAUAUUUCCGCUGUUGUGAUUGGCUGGUAGCUAUGUGACGUUUAGCCACAGAUUAAAAAUGUAUUUAAAAAUAGAAGGCGAUGCGAUUAUUUAAUUUUGUAAAAAGAAAUAUUAGUUUAUUUAGUUAUUUUUAUUAAAAUUUUAGGCCGUAGGUAAUGAAUCCAGUGCCAUGCUACUAAAACAUGUAAAAAUAAUUAAAUCCCAGUAUAUUUUAGUUUUUAAUAAGAGGAGUUUGUACGACAAAACAAAAGUAUGUGCCAUGUAAAUAAGUAGGUAGUAUUUUAAUACAAUUGUAAAUAAAAUGUAGUUUUUUAAUUAAGAAAAUUUUAUAUAUUAAGCAGUACAAAUAGAGGUGCCUUCACAUACAAUAUUUUACAUAGAAAAAGUAUACAGAUUGCAUAUUUACACUAUAUUUCAAAUAUAAAGCUAUUUACUUCAUAAAAUAAUUAUAUUUUUGUCACAGAGAAAUGUGUAGGUAACGUAAUUACUGGUUGUAUAGGAAAAAGUAUGUUAUUGUAUGAGCAGGAAAGAUUAAUUUACUUUGACAGUGACUAUUUCCUUUACAACUUGUUAUGGUUGAAAAUAAUUUCGACAGUGAAAACGACUCAUGUUGAGUCAUUAGAAGUGUGGGUUAUUAUUUUAUGUAUGGAAAUUUUAUACUUUUUUAUUUUACCUUUUUUAAUGGUAGACUCUUAUGCCUCGUUUACAUUUAUAAUUUUGACUAGUGACUUGCUCAAGUCACUGGUAUGAAUUAUAAGUGCGAACGCGGCUUCAUGAUUGUGUGUAUCAGAUUUAUUUCAUUUUCAUUCAUGUUUGUUUGUUGCCAAGAUAUGAAGGAAAUUUCAGAAAUGUAAUCAAAAUUAAUGUGAGCAGUGUUCAGACAGAUUUACUUGGUUUCAAAUGUUGAUAUUUAUUAUUUACAUUAUACAUUAAGUAUAACUAUUAAAUACAGCACAUAAAACGAUCUACAUACAAAUAAUUAAGAAGUCAAAAUUGUCUUCAAAACUAUUUAUUCGAACACUAAAAUUUGUAACAGCAACAAAUACUAAGAUUCUAUAAAUUAUUUUUUUUUUCAAUAAGAAAAUGACCAAGUAAAACUGCCAAGUAACACGCCUGAUUUUAAACGGGGCACAAUACGUGUAUAUUGUUUCACAUAGCACUAGGUAUAAGUGUACCAUGAUUGAUGUCUUCUGAAGGUCGAGACUGAUGGGACCAUAAUAUUCUAUGACAGCGUUUCCCAAACAUUCCACCAUGUCCUAGUAUUUUCUCUUUUUAUAUUAUAUUUUUGUGAUUCCAUUAGAUUAUUUAUGUCAUACGGUUUACUCAUGUCACUAAAUCUUUGUGUGCUAAGUAGCAUAACUUGAAACUAAUCGAGUUAUCUCCCCAAACAGUAAAAUAUAAAUCAGUAAUUAUAGAUAAAAAUAAAACUUUGAUUUAGUGGUGAAAUAAAUUAUUUAAAAGAAUUUGAUAAACUUUGGUAUCUUGGUAACGAUUGAAUAUUUCGAAAAUAUAGCGGUAAUAUUGUUAUUUUUUCAAAGACAAAGUCAAAGCAUUUAUUUCGAUUAAUUCUUAUUAGGCACUUUUGAAACGUCAAAUUGAAUUCUCCACCAGUGAAGCUAGAUGCUCGGUCCAAAGUGUAGAUUCAAUUGGAGAAGAACGAGCAAGAAACUCCAUCGUUACUCUUUUAUUUUGGUACCUUAUUGAGCAGCUGGCCGAUGUUUGAGGAACGCAGUUUCUAGCGUUAUUGUUUGUUAAGAGACAACCUUGGUUAUUGUUCCACUAAUAGAACAAAAUUGUCGCUAGACGUGUUUUAAGGGGAGUGCCUAAAUAUCAGGGUUUGUUUAU